AUGCGUUAUAUGGGAGAUGAACCUAUUCGACGUGGUGAAACCAUUACAGAUGCUGUAUACCGUUUGUUACUACUUUGCCAUAAAAAUCCUGCGCUACGAGAUGAAGUAUACUGCCAAAUUAUUCGCCAGACCACUAAUAACAAAUCUAGCAAGCCCGACAGUUCGAUUCGAGGAUGGCGACUUUUUUCAAUACUCACUGCUUACUUCGAAAGUUCCCUAGCUCUACGACCUUAUUUGAUUAACUAUCUCGCUGAAAAUGCUGAUGAUCACAGAAGAGCAUAUCAUGGUACUGCCCAAUUGUGUUUACAAAACUUGAACCAAACCAUGCGCUAUGGUGGCCGAAAAUACUUGCUAAGCGGUAUGGAAGUGGAAGAGAUAACGAAUGGCAAGAUCCUGAAACGUCAAGUCUACACCCUUCCAGGUGGUAACAAGAAAGUGGUAAACACGAAGAGUAUUACUGUGGUUGAAGAAG